AUGGCAUUUGAAGACAAGUUGGUAAUACCAGCCCUCAAGCUUAAAAUUUUUUUGGAUAAAUUCCCAAAAUUCUACAAUAUUUAUGUUGUUACUAUGAUCUCUUGUGUUUCUGGUAUGAUGUUUGGGUUUGAUCUCUCCUCGAUUUCCGCAUUUGUUAGUAAUGAUGAUUAUGUUAAAUACUUCAAUUAUCCAAGCGCAGAAUUACAGGGCUUUAUUACUUCGGCAAUGGCAUUGGGUUCAUUCUUCGGAUCCAUAUCUGCUUCCUUUGUAUCAGAACCCUUUGGUAGACGGCCUUCCUUGUUGACAUGCGGCUUCUUUUGGGUAGCCGGGGCUAUAAUUCAAUCCUCAUCACAGAAUGUAGUUCAAUUGAUUAUCGGAAGAAUCAUAGCCGGGUAUGGUGUUGGAUUCGGGUCUUCUGUUGCUCCUGUAUAUAGUUCCGAAAUGGCACCAAGAAAAAUUAGAGGCCUAAUAGUUGGACUUUUUCAACUAUCAAUUACAAUUGGUAUGCUCAUUAUGUUCUAUGUGGCUUACGGCUGCCAAUUUAUUAAUGGCGUUGGAUCAUUUAGACUUGCCUGGGGUUUGCAAAUUAUUCCUGGUAUUAUUCUAAUUGUCGGAUGCUUUUUUAUUCCAGAAUCUCCAAGAUGGUUAGCAAAACAAGGCUACUGGGAUAGCGCUGAAGCAAUUAUUGCAAACAUUCAAGGUAAAGGUAAUAAAGAAGACCCAGAUGUUAUAAUCGAAGUAAGCCAAAUUAAAGAACAGAUUCUUACAUCGGAAAAGCUUUCCUCCUUUACUUUUGCGGAUUUGUUUACCAAAAAGUAUAUUGUAAGGACAAUCACAGCCGUAAGCUCUCAAAUUUGGCAACAAUUGGCAGGCCUGAAUGUUAUGAAUUAUUACGUGGUCUAUAUUUUCCAAAUGGCAGGCUAUACCGGUAAUGCGAAUUUGAUCGCAUCUUCUAUUCAAUAUGUUCUAAAAACUGUAGUAACCGGAGUAUCAUUAUUAUUUAUAGAUAAAUUUGGUAGAAGGUAUAUUCUUGUAAUAGGUGGAGUUUUAAUGAUGGCUUGGCAAUAUGCUGUUGCUGGUCUUUUGGCCACUUAUGCUGAUUCAGUAGAUGCACUUGGGGGUAAUGACACUAUUAGGAUAAAGAUUCCUGAAGGUAGAAAACCGGUAGCAAAAGCCGUUAUUGCAUCAUGUUAUUUAUUCGUUGUUUCAUAUGCUGGGAGUUGGGGGGUCUGCGUUUGGGUAUAUUAUUCAGAAGUUUGGGGUGAUAACGCAUCAAGACAAAGAGGUGCUGCUAUUGCUACGUCUGCAAACUGGCUAUUUAAUUUUGCUCUCGCUAUGUAUACACCGUCUGCUUUUAAGAAUAUCACUUGGAAGACAUACAUUAUUUAUGCAACCUUUUGUGCUUGUAUGUCUAUACAUGUUUUCUUCUUUUAUCCUGAAACUAAAGGCAGAAGAUUAGAAGAAAUCGGCCAAAUGUGGGAUGAGCAUGUUCCUGCUUGGAGAAGUAGACUGUGGCAACCAAACAUACUAGUUUCAUCUGAUAAGGAAUCGAUAUUAAAAGUAGAAGUUGAACACCUUGGAGGUGGAAGUAAAACUGUGGAAUCAGAAGACAAAUGA